AACGCCAAAGAGUAGGAGGCAGGACCUAUGCUGGAAUGUCUCCUGCGUCCAAGGAUCAGGAAUGUCUGAUGAGAAAGUUCUGCAGGAAAUGCAAAUCUGCUGGGGGUGGAGUCAGACCCUGGGCUCCUGCUAGCUCUACAACCCUUCAAUAUCUGUAAUGAGCUCUUGGGCUGCGCCAGCCAUGGAUGCGCGUCCCGAAGCUGGUGUUGGGGAAAUGGACCUGGUGACCUUCAAGGAUGUGGCAUUGAACUUCACCAAGGAGGAGUGGGCCCUGCUGGACCCUGAGCAGAGGACUCUCUACCGAAAUGUGAUGCUGGAGAACUACAGGAACCUGGCCUCCAUAGAUGGUCAACACAACACCAAAGGCCCCGUUCCUCAGCAGGACAUUCUUGCUGAAAAGACAUUUCAUGCAGCCAGCAGAGUGUGUCUCAUUAGCAAUAGUUCCCAGCCCUCCACGUUAGAAGACUUGGAAUGCCACCAAACAGAGGAGCCACACAAACAGAGGAAGCAAAAAGUGAAGCAAGUUGCAGUUGACCGAGAGAAAAAAUCUCUGGUUAGAGUCUGUGGAUGUCACAAAAAGAGGGAAAAGCCUAAACCGAACUCAAAGCUGGUGUCUGCACAGGGCAUAUACCCAAAAGAAUUGAAAACAGGUGUACCAACAGAUAUAGGUACUCUUGAUUCCACAAGAAAAUAUGUCCCCCAAAAUAUUUUGAAACAAAAUCGUGUCUUAAUGAGUAAUCAAAAAAUCUGUAAAAAUAGCAAAUAUGAUAGAGGACUGUGGCAGAACAUUCAGUUGGUUCCAAGUGUGAGAACAGAGCUGAAAUCAAAAAUGUGGAUUGAUAAUCAGAACCAUGGCCUUCAUGUAAAUGAUCAAAUUUAUAUGGAGGUGAACGUUCAUGAAUGUGGUCCAUUUGGGAAAGUCUGCACUGAAGACCGUGUCCUUGGGGCACACAGGACUCGGGUUAAAGAAAAAAUGUCUGAGUCUAAUGAAUAUGAAAACAGCUUCCGAAAUAACUGGGUCUGUGCGGUGCGGAUGCAGUCCUAUAUGGCAGAGACAGAUAAUGAAAACACUCAUCAUGGGAAAACCUUUGCCCAUGUUUCAAAUUCUGAUUCACAUAAGAGCACUAGGAUUGGAGAGAAAACCUAUAAAUGUCGAGAUUGUAGGAAAUCCUUUGUUUACCAUUCAUUCCUUAUGAGACACAUGAAAAUUCACACUGGAGAGAAACCCUAUGAAUGUAAGAACUGUGGGAAAGCCUUUCGAUAUUCCUUACACCUUAAUAAACACUUAAUAAAGCACGUUGUGGAGAAGUCCCAUAAAUGUAAGGAAUGUGGGAAAGCCUUUCAUAAAUCCUCAAAACUUACCGAACAUACCAGGGUUCACACAGGAGAGAAGCCCUAUAAGUGUCAGGAAUGUGGAAGAGCCUACGUUAAUAAUUCAGGACUUAAAAACCAUCUAAAGAAUCACAGCUGUAAAAGGCCCUGUGAAUGAAAGGAAUGUGGGAAAAUCUUCAUUUUUCUCAAAAUGCUGAACACAUAAAGAGGACAUAUUGGAAGGGAGCUCAGUAAGUUAACAUAGAGGGGAAAGCCUUCCUUGAACUCUUGCAUCUUACAAAAAUGGGAAAAUUCCAACUGAAAAGAAAGCCUUUGAAGAUAAGGUCUGUGGGAAGUUUUUAAUCUUCAUUCAUUAGUAGAUGUUUAUUCUCACACUAGAGAGAAACCCUGUGAAUCUAAGGAAUAUGGAC